AUGGCAAGCUCACCAGAACGGCCCAGCUACGAGUUUGGGGGCCCCCUGGGCGCCACCGCCAUCGUCUUUGGCCUGCCCGUUCUGAUGAACGUGCUGUACUUUGGGUGCAACGACGUCUCGGGAUGCCCCGCUCCCGCAUUACUCGACAUCAAGACUCUCACCUGGGACAAGCUCAAGUCCCAGAUCCCCUGGCUUGAGAAUGGCAUUCACGGGUUCCUCAGCUGGGAGGUGACGGGCUGGCUGUUCGCGUACUAUUUCCUCAGCCUGGUCCUCUACCGUGUUCUGCCCGCCCACGAGACGCUGGGAACCAAGCUGCGCGAGUCUGGAAAGCCGCUCAAGUACAGGUUCAAUGCUUUCAACGCGACCGUGGUUGAACUUGGGGCGUGCGCCAUUGGCACAUGUAUCUACGGGGCCACCUUCCCCGUCUGGACGUUCAUCACCGACAACUACCUCCAGCUUUUGACCGGCAACAUCCUCUUGUCGUACGCCAUUUCCAUCUGGGUCUACCUUAGGAGUUUCUCUGUCAAGGCUGGCAACUCAGAAAUGCGUGAGCUGGCAAAGGGCGGGCACACUGGCAAUGUCAUCUACGACUUCUACAUCGGCCGCGAACUCAACCCACGCGUGACUCUGCCGUUCUUUGGGGAAAUCGACGUCAAGGCCUGGCUUGAAAUGCGUCCUGGUCUGACUGGCUGGAUCCUCCUCGACUGCGCCUUUAUCGCAAAGCAGUACCGCCUGCACGGGUUCGUGAGUGACAGCAUCGUCAUUGUGGCCCUUGUCCAGUCAUAUUACGCGCUGGAAGGCCAGUUCUUCGAGUCUGGGAUUCUGGGCAUGAUGGACAUUGUCACCGACGGGCUCGGCUUCAUGCUGAGCUUUGGUGAUAUUGUCUGGGUGCCGUUUCUCUACUCGACGCAGUGUCGCUACCUCAGCGUCUACCCAGUGCAUCUGGGGUGGAACAAGAUUGCAGCCAUCGGCGCCGUCUUCAGCAUUGGCCUGUUCAUCUUCCGCUCCGCCAACAGCCAGAAGAACCGCUUCCGCACGAACCCGGACCAUCCGUCGGUCAAGGACAUGCCGUUCAUCCAGACCCAGCGCGGCACGAGGCUCCUGACUGGCGGUUGGUGGGGUCGAGCUCGCCACAUCAACUACUUUGGCGAUUGGAUCCAGUCGCUGCCCUUCUGCCUCCCCACAGGACUUGCCGGAUACGCUAUUCUUCCCGCAGGCAGUGCCUUGGCCGGUGUGGGCGUCCAGACCCUGCUCGAUGGUCGCCAGGUCACUCAGGAAGGUGUCGCCCCGUGGGGCAUGCUGGUCACCUACUUUUACUCGGCAUAUUUCGGUUUCCUGCUCAUCCACCGUGAGCGACGCGAUGACAAUGGAUGUGCUGAGAAGUACGGUGCGGACUGGGUCAAGUACAAGGAGCAGGUUAAGUGGAGGAUCAUCCCAGGCGUGUACUAG